AUGGGUCAACCGGGCUACGGCGGCGCGCUCGACACCCCGCGGACCAACAUUGGUGACGCGACCUACCUCAGCCGCGCCCCCGACUUUGCCGACAUAUCACAGGAGGCUUCCUUUCAGUCGCCCGGCAAAGAUGGGAACCUGCUACAGCAGCUCCGCAACGGCCGGUCGAACGGCGUAAACCUCAGGACCCCACGACAGAGAGGCCCGCUUGCCGACCGACGAAAUCUGCCCGCGUCCGUGGGCGGUGCUGAAUUCACGCCUCUUCUCAAGUCGGCCACGAGAAACAGCACAAGAAGGCAUGGCAAGGAGAAUGGCGCCCUCGUCCCAAACACGCCCGCGCUCGACAGGAUUGACGAGGAUGACAUGACCCCUGUUCCACGCAUGGACACUUCCGUGUAUCUCAGCUCUCGCAACCAGUCAUACCUGGACAACACGCUGCCUCAGGUCGACAGCAGUAGUGUUGCGUCGACCCCGAUGGCUCUGCAACCCCGCCGCGGUGGCGACAAGGGCCCCUUGCAAGAUGGCAAUCAAUUAUCUCUGCGCGAGCAGGAAAACGUCAUCGACAGGAUCGAAAAGGAGAACUUUGGCCUCAAGCUUAAGAUUCAUUUUCUCGAAGAUGCCCUCCGCAAGGCUGGCCCUGGCUUUAGCGAGGCUGCCCUGAAGGAAAACACAGAGCUGAAGGUGGACAAGGUCACGAUGCAGAGAGAACUGCACCGCUACAAGAAGCAUCUGACUACCGCUGAGCGCGACCUCGAGACAUAUCGACAGCAAAUGAUGGAGCUUCAAGAAAAGUCCAAAAGGAAGCACCUUGACGAAAGCCAGCGCGCCGAGUUGGAGCAGCUUCAGAAGACCCUCGAGGAGCGGGAGGCUGACCUUGACGAUCUUCAGCGCCAACUGGACCGUAGUCAACACGAUCAGGAUGAAGUGGAGAAGCUUCGGGACAACAUUGAGGACCUGGAAGCCGACGUGCGUGAAAAGGACCGGCUGCUCACGGAAAGAGACGAUGAGCUUGAAGAGCUCAAGGAGAAGCUCGAGGAGACUGAGGAAAAAGCGCACGAUGCUCAACUCAAAGCGGUGGAAGCUGAGCAGGCGGGGCAGCAUAACGAAGACCUUGACGAAGCCAAGGAGACGAUUGAGGAGCUGGAGACCAACGUACGCCGACUGGAGGAGCAGCUCGAUGAGAUGAAGGAGAAGAUGGACGAAGCUGCCGCAGAGAGAGCGAGGGCGGAGCAAGACCUGGAAGAGCUCCAGGAAGAGAUGGCGGACAAGUCUGUUGUCACCAAGGGCUUGUCCCGGCAGAUCGAGGAGAAGGUCGCCAGACUCCAAGACGAACUGGACAAGUCAGGGAAAGACUAUUCUGCGCUGGAGAAACAGCUGACCAAGUCGAACGAGGAAAACGCGGAACUCAAGGCUACUGUCAGUGACCUUCGUCAGCAACGAAAGACCUUCGAGCACGGCAGAGAUUCUGAGGCGACCCGCAUUCAAGAGCUCGAAACCGAACUGUUGGCCGUGGCCGAUGACAGGGAUAUGUUGCAGUCUCGCCACGACACAAUUGCCGGUCGGUGUACUUCCCUUGAGCAGGACGUUGAACGCUUGGAAGGGGAGGUCGCAGACCUGGAAAAGAGCCUAUCCCAAGAACGAGAGCUCGCACUCGAGACCGAAAAGGACCUGCGAAGCCAGUAUCAGGAUGAGAUCGAGCGGCUCAACGACGAGGUUUCAGACCUCCAGGCUGAGGUUCGCGAGAAGGACAACCUCUACGACAACGACUGCGAGAAAUGGGAGAAUGAGAAACAGUCUUUGGAAGCCGAGCGCGAGCGAGCCGAGGAGAGAGCUGCAGGUCUCCAACGGACUAUCGACCGCCUUCGGGAAGCUGAAGGCAACCUAUCAAGCAAGGAGUCGAAGCUUCAGGAUGCCAUUGAAAGCGAAACGGAACGCCACAAGAGUGAAGAGGCUGUCAUGACACGACAGAUCAAUGACCUCCAAGAUGCCUUGGAAACCCGCCAGACACUGCUGACGACAUUGCGCAAUGAGCUGUCGGCAGUCCGCGACGAGCUCCGCCAAACACAAAUCAACUAUCAGACACAAGUCAACAAGGCCGUCGCCCUUGAGGAUGAGGUGGAAUUGUUGCGGACGAAGUCGCCCGCGAAAUCAUCUCCACAGCUGGAGGCUGCUCAGCGGGAAUGCGAAAGGCUUCGCGCUCAGCUAGAAGAGGUCAGGAGCGCCGAGCGCUCUACCGACUCGUCAGCUCGGCUAAAAUGGCAGCUCUCUGAUGCAACAUCACAGUUGGAAAAGGCCACGAAAGACAAACAUUCUCUCCAAGAGCAGCUUACAACACUCAACACCGAGUUGCGUUCGGUCAGGACAUCACUUGCUGAAGCCCGCGCAGAGCGUGACGAGCUGGACGACCAACUUCGGCGAACAAAUGCUCACGACCAUGACACCUUGCAGAUUGACCAGGAGCGGCUGGACCUGCGGACGGCGAAGAUGAAGCUCGAUGGCGAGGUUCGACGUCUGAAGGAUGAGAACAAGUCGCUCGCUGAACAGCGCGCUGCUGUUGAAAAGACCUUGGACGACGAGAUUGAGAAGGCAGCUGCAGAGGAGGAUCGACUCGGUCAGGAAGUGUUGGAGCUUCAGGCCAAACUCCGACAGUCCUCGUCAUCUGGAAAUCAGGAACUUGUGGCAGCUCGACGUACGAUUCGCGAGCUUCAGCGCCAAGUCGAUGACUUCGAGGGACAGCUAGCAACUGCCAAAUUUCCCGAUAACGACAACAGCGGAGGAGACCUUUCGAUGGUUCGGAAAGAUCUGCAUGCAUCACGCCAAAAAGAACUUGAGUUCUUGCAGCGGGAAGCCGCUCAUCGGGAUAUGGUCAAAGGCCUGAAGCGCCAAAUUGCCGACCUGGAAGGCCAAAUACACGAUCACGAGCUGACUCGGUUGGGACGGUCGCCGGAACCCUCGCCAGCCAAAUCUGAGCGGUCCCUGCGAGGAAAUCCCGAAACAAGAAUGGCGCAGGCCAUGCUGGACUUGCGAGAACAGCUCAGUGAUCUCGAGGACCAAAAGAUCGUGCUCGAGGAAGUAUUGGAAGAUGCCAGGCAGCAGGCAGAGGAGACAUCCGAGCAAUACGAGCAGGCAAUGCAACGGCUGAAGCUGAAACUCGACAAGGCAUGCCGAGAGAGGGACGCUGCCACGGCGGCGUCGCAGGCCGGCGGCAAGCAAAGCCGGCACCUGCGUAAGAGUCAGGCAGAGGUUGAAAACCUGGAGCAUGACGUCUGCCAGCAACAGGAGCUCAUCGAUGGCCUCGUCGCUUCGGAGGCGUGCCUACGGCGCAAGCUGGAGCGCGCCCGCAGCGAACGAGCCGCGUACCGGAUGACGGCUGAGAAGCUGCAGCGGGAUAUUCAGAAGCUCAAGUCAUCGACGGAGGGGCCUCUGGGUAAGGACCAACGCGCUCUUGUCAAGCACCACGGCACGGACGAGGCGCUGGAGACGGUCGUCCGCGCCGCCGAGAGCGCCGAGGAGCGCCACAAGAAGGAGCUCCGCGGCGUGGUCAUGCAGAUGGAGUGGAUGCAGGCUCGCUGGGAGCGUGAGGCGCUGCUUCGCUCCGACGCCGCCUACGCGAAGAGGUUCCUGCAGCUGCAGCUCGAUGUGGCAAAUGCCUGCAACAAAGCGCAGCUCCGCGAGCUCGAACACAUCCGCACCAACCUCCUGCACAGCCGCAAGCCCCUCGCGCUUCCCUCAUCGGGCGCAGGCGCCGGGUCGUCGCCCUCCAAGCCGACGUCGAUACGCCCGUUCCUCGUCGCCGCGCGCUUCGUCGCACGCAUGCGCAUCUCCGCCCGCGGGUGGGCCAAGCAGGAGGCCGUCCGGCGCAAGCUCGUCGCUGCGACCGAGGAGCAGCGCCGCGUCAAGCGCUCCAGGCAGCUCAAAGUGGUUCGUGUGACGGAAGAGACGAGCUUCUGA